AUGAAACACUCGCAAUACCUACGAUGCGCGCUCACUCAGCUAUAUCGCUUGGCUCGAGAGCCGGUCCCGAGUCGCUUUCUCUCCCGCUGUAGCUCAACAGGCCGUUCGCCCUCUCUACCCAUUCCUCCGCCCGCGCCAACUUCGCAGCACAAUGAUCUCCCGUCAUUCCUCGCAUACGCGACCCGAACCUCACUAUCCCCCUCUAGCACAACCUACAUCGGUACGCACUACGAGUAUACCGUUCUCCAGGCCCUCCGCUCCUACGCCGUCGACCUGAGUCGCAUUGGUGGCCGCGCGGACUCAGGAAUCGACUUGGUGGGCACCUGGUCGUUACCGGCACACCCACACCCCUUGCGCGUCAUUGUACAAUGCAAGGCACUGCGCAACAAACUAGGCCCAAAUAUCAUCCGUGAACUGGAGGGCACAUUCGCCGGCGCACCGGUAGGGUGGAGAGGUGAUGGAAUCCUGGGCGUGCUAGUUAGUCCUCGAGAGGCGACGAAAGGGGUGAGAGAUGCUCUGGCAAAGAGCAGAUCUCCAUUGAUGUGGAUUCUAGCAGAUGCCGCAGAUGGUGCUGUUCGACAGAUUUUGUGGAAUGGCAGGGCCAGCGAGGUGGGACUACAGGGCCUCGAAGUACGGGUAAAGCAUAGGCUGGGGACAAAUGCAGCGAAAAAAGAGAUGGCAUUGGCGUGGAAUGGCAUUGAGCUGAAGAGCCUUGGUAACCAUGCCAGCGGAGAUGAUCCGUGA